GAACUAUAAUUUAGGAUGGUGGCUUCAAAAAUUCUAAAUCUAACAUGUAGUUCCUCAGCUUGUGAGAGAAAUUGGUCCGUAUUUGAACAGGUUCAUACAAAAAGGAGAAACAGGCUACUUCAUGAUAGGAUGAGAGACCUUGUGUUUGUUAAAUUUAACUCCAAGCUAAGGGGAAAGAAGGAGAGAAUAGACAAAGAUCCUUUAGAGAGGGAAGUAGAUGAUGUUGUUGGUGAUGAUGACAAUGAAUUCAUUACUGGUAUUGUACCUCUUCCGAAUGAUGUUGUUGAACCAGCGCAAGAUGGAAGAUCACAGGGAGAACAAACAUCACAAGCACAAGUUCAAGUACAAGCAAAAAGAAAGAGGUCUAUGAAGCCUAGAAAGAAGUUAAGAAGCCUCCAGUCUCUGAUGCGUGAUGUUCAAGUUCAAGUGCAGCAGUCCUCAUCAGAUUCAGAAGAUGGUGACAUUGCAAUGGAAUCCUCUGAAUCUGAUAAGUCUCCACAUGCCUUUGAUUCUGAUUGAUGCUAGAUUACAAUGUUAUAUUUGACCUUGUGGACAGUCAUUUUGGGUGAACUGUGAACUAAACUAAUGAUCUCAAUGUCUUGGAGCUUAGACAUUUUGUUUUAAGUUAAGCUGAGCUCAGACAUUUUGUUUUAAGUUAAGCUGCUCAGACAUUUUACGGCAGUCAUGUAUAGAGCUGAACUCCUAUAUGUAUGACAAUAUGUAUGACUAUCAAAUUUGUUGUC